AUGCUCCUGUGGCGGAUGUUCGCCGACCUCUCGACGCGCGCCGGCCUGGCCGUGCGCUUCACCUACCGCGCCGUCGGCUUGAGCGCCGGUCAGCAGGAGUUUGCGGCGGGCGUCAGCGACUGGGGCUGCGGGGACAUCCCUAUGAGCGCGUCCGGCUUCAAGGCGGCGGCGGCGGCGGCGCGUGUGCGCAACAUGGAUCUUGUCCCGGGUGGUUUGGAGGUUGAAGCGUCGCCAGGGCCGCUGCAUGGCAUGUUUGCGCGCCUCAAGGCGGUCCGCUCCAUAUGCGGGUGA